GUAUAAUACAGCAAGUUGUCUGACAGCCAGUCGACUGACUGUUCAAUAUAAAAGCAGCGAACAGCAUUCCGUACUCAAUUCAAUAUGAAAGCCGUAACAAUUCUACUUUUGGUGCUGCUAUCGGGCAGGAGUAUUCUCAGCUCGAGCCAAGCCAGCACGAAUGAGAAACAGCAGGAGCUUGGGAACAGAGUGGAGCUGGCGCUGCAGCAGCUGGAGGCGCAGCUGGAUGGCCGGUGAGAGAUACAGAUUCAUUGCCUGUGCUCGAAAGGUGUUGAGGAAAGGCAUCGCCAAGAUGGUCACCCAGAUACUGAACGCCUGCAUCAAAUACGUGGAUACCAUUGACGCUUGUGGCACGCCCGUGUCCAAGGAUGUGCUCACCAUUGUUAACGCCAGCAAGUCCAUCAUAGGCAUAUGCAACAAGAUCGUCCAUCUGAGCAGCAUGCUGUGCAACAAUGGUCACUAUGAGAAGAGCACAGACUCUGUCCAGAGGUACAGCUGGUAGCUCUUCAAG